AUGGGCAAGGAAGACAAUAAUACGAUAGAGAAAACACAGUUGAAGACUACUGUCUCCAGUGAAGAGGAGACAGAUGCGAAUGCGUCGAUCAAAGAUGACAAUUGUCUUUGCGAAAACAUGGGAAUUGCAGAGGCCCUCAAAACCCAACAACAACAGCUCGCAGAGGAAGCUCCGUCGUGUGAUCAUCCGUCGGAAUCGUUCGUGGCUAGUAGCAUUGCCAGCAUCGAACCAUUGCCAGCAGGUCCCUCCCUGUCCCGUGGUGUGCAAUUAUCACGACGACAACAAAGACAAGGCGUUGGACCGGGAGCCUUCUUUACCAAUUCCCACAAUGGACACCUGACGCCGGCUGGAAAGACACCAAUAAAUGUGCUGGGAGCGGAACUGAGAAUGGCCAACAAACCAGGUCUUACCAUCCAUCAUGCCAGCCAAGGACGCCGCCAAACUUCCGAGUCCACCUCUGAAGAAACAACAGCAACCAGUGUUGAGAUCCCGUCCAACCAUGUGGGCCUCUCAGUGGCCAAUCCAGUGGAUGAAUCUGCCGAACAGGAGAGGGAUCUGCCGCUGGCGGAAGAGUAUGACCCAGAAGAACAUAAGACCAUAGCUUUGUCGUCUGUGAGCUCCAAGGAGGGACAUUUGCCGUUGCCGCCGUGGUUGGCAUGUGUAAUGGGAGUGGUGCUGGUCGCGACAAUCACUAUGGUAGUCGUCUUUGUUGGGAAUGACAACGUGGAGAGCCCAUCACCCGAACGAACGGAUCCCCUCGGCGACAGUGGCCAAGCUCUGCCUGAAGAGCUUCCCUUGAAGGAGCACGUCUUGAUGCUUCUUCCAGAAAGCACAGCAAGUCAUGUUCAGCAGGACAAAGACUCUCCACAAGCCAAAGCCUACAAUUGGGUACUGGAGGACCCUCGUGUAUCCCAGUACGAAGAUGAUCGUAUCCAGCAACGCUACGCCCUUGCCACUCUGUACUUUGCCACUGAUGGAGAUCUCUGGACCCACAAUGACAAUUGGUUGGCCGAACCAACCAAUGAAUGUAACUGGUACAUGAGGCCAGCCUUUGCCAUGAAGGACCUUAUAAGUCACAUUUAUCGUGGGUAUCUCCAUGAGAUGGAACACCCACCAACAGCCUGCAAUGACAACGGACAGCUUGAGCAUUUGUGGUUAGACUUCAACAACCUGGCUGGUUCCAUCCCACCAGAGCUCUACAUGUUGACUCAUCUCAAGACACUAUCCUAUGGAGUGAAUUCACUACAAGGGACAAUUGCCACUGAGAUUGGAAAGUUGACAGACCUUGAGGGUUAUGAACUUGCUAAGCAUCGAAACGGUGGAGUCGUUCCCACAGAAUUUGGUCUAUUGAAAAAACUGAGGGCACUGGUCCUCAGUGACAACAACCACCAGGGUUCAAUCCCAAGUGAAAUCUGGCAGUUGACUAAUUUGGAAACCAUUCUCAUGAGCCGCAACCACGACCUCAGAGGAACUCUCCCCUCAGUACUUGGCACCUUUCGCAAGCUCAGGUGGAUCAAUUUUGAGGAUUCGGAUCUUACCGGCACCAUCCCUUCUGAGGUGGGCCAAGUCGAGUCAUUGGAGGUGAUUGCGGUGGGUGGCAACAGCGAGUUUGGACUCCUAUCCUCCAUGGGCAGACUCGACCUUGGCAGCAACUCCCUCAGUGGGACUCUACCAGAUGAACUUUCCAGCCUCCAACAGUCUCUGUACACUCUCAAUGUGGCAGGGAAUGAGCUCUUGUCUGGAACAAUUCCAGAUGAAGUUUGCAGCCUCAAUGGUACUUGCUUGCCCAACCCCGUUGUGCCCUGCAUAGGAAGUGGUGGUUUCCAGUUUGACUGCUCCAGCCGGUUAUGUGGUUGUGGUUGCACUGCUUGUAAUGCCAACUCGCACGACACUGGUCAUGAUACCUGA